AUGGAUGACAGUGACAUUUUAUUUGUCGAUGACACUUUUUUAUUUGAUAAAGACAACUUAAUGAAGCAAUUUCUUUGUUGCACAUCACUAAAAACAAUGGAUAUAUUUAAUUCUGACAGAAAUGUUGGUCUUGAUCUUUAUACACAAAAGGAGAUUUUAGAUAAGACAAUCAAUAAUGAUUUAAUUAAAAAAUAUCCUGUAAAACGGUCGUAUCAACGAGCAUUCUUGAAGUUACUUAUGAAUAAGAUUGAAGAAGAAGGCAGUGAAAUUCACGAUGACUUGUAUAUUGCGUAUUGUAACUUAAUCUCUAAUCCAAUAAGUGAAUUAAUUCAUCAUCGACACUUUUUAAUAGGUGAUAUAUCAGACUGUAUAUCUAUACAAGAAAGUACAAAUAUUAUAUCAGAUGCUACAACAGGACUGUGUUGUUGGCAGGGAGCAAUAGAACUAAGUAAAUGGUGUAUAGAAAACAAGAGUGCAUUUCAUGAUAAAGUCGUUUUAGAACUUGGUUGCGGUGUUGGAUUAACAGGAGUAUGCAUUAUUAAGAACUGUUCUCCAAAUCAAUAUAUUUUCACAGAUUUUCAUAAGUCCGUUUUAGAAAUGGUCUGUGAAAAUGUGAAGCUUAAUUUGCUAAAUAUGGAACAGACUGUAGAAGUUAAACAACUAUCAGAAAGUAAUAGGUUAAAAUUUCAAACGAAAUAUAAUAAUACAGAUGUUCAAGUAGUAAAAUUAAAUUGGGAAGAUAUAAAUAAAUAUUUGGAUGAAUACUGGACUGUACCAGAUAUUAUAAUUGGAGCUGAUAUUUUAUAUGAUACAUAUUCUUUUAAUGCAUUAGCAUUGGGAUUAAAGGCUUUUCUAUCCUUUAACGGUAGAUAUGCCGUUAUUGCAGCAGCAAUUCGUAAUGUGGAUACAUUUUCGAAGUUCUUGCAUUUUCUAAAAUCUCACGGUCUAUCUUACGAAGAAUGCAGUACACCAACACAAACGGUACUUUUGCAAGAGAUACACAUACCUGUUAAGAUAAUAAAAAUUUGUCGAAAGACGUGA